AUGGAAUUGAAAAUACCAAAAUGUAUAGAGGACAUGUUAUUGUCUGGUUACCCUGAAUAUAGUGCAUCUCAGAAAGAUAUUCCUAUUCAGGAGGAGAUCGUACUUGCCAAAUUGGUUCUAGCUCUACAAAUAGAUUUCUUCUCAAUUGGCGAGGAAAUAGACUUCGAGAAAGUUAAACCGAAACUGCUCCAUGGAUUCAAGAUUCUGCUCGGAAUUACAGUUUUUGUUUCAUCAUUUUUGUCCUAUGGACUUUUUCAGUUCAUUCUCAAGGCACCUGAAUAUGACAGGUUGAAGCCUCAAGUAGUCAUCGCAGUAUGCAGCCUGUUACAAUGCUUUGAUCUGCCAGCUCAGACGUCAGUGUACUUUUGGCAAUCUGAAAACAUGGUGAAAUUCGUGAAUCAAUACAUGAAUACAUGCCGAAGGAUAUCAGACAAUCCGAGGGAAUAUUACAGAUCAUUGGCAAUCAAAAGAAACUUAUUUAAAUACUUCAUACGUUAUAUUUCGACGUGCAAUGUGUUUGUUCACUAUUACGAAGGUAGCACCUGUUCGGAUAAUGAUCUUAGAUUUGCUUGUAGGGUAUCCCUACCAUUAUGGUAUCCUGUCGAAACAAACUACUUUCCAGUAAGGGAAAUCUUUGUACUUGUGUUUAUUGUGAUAGCAUGGAGGCUUAUAAUAGUGGUUUUGCAUGAACCGAUUGAUUCAUACAUUAUAGCAAAACUCUUUGAGUACAAGUGUCAACGUUUGAUCAAACUCAUGCAGAAAACUUCGUUAAGCAGAGUGCAGAAUUUAGAACUUGUGAAGCGAAAGUUUCGCGAUAUUGUAGACUGUCAUCAAGAACUGAAAUUGUGUUUCGAGUCGUUACGGGAAGUAUUAGGUGCAUUAACAUAUCCAGGACUGAUAUGUUUCAUCCCAAUCACUGCCUGCUUUUCAACUGCAUUUGUGCAGGCAUUGGAUAAAUUUGUCGCAUCAUCAUUGACAGUUAAAAAACAACAAAUUAAACCACCUGUUACGACUUUGAAACACAAUUUGACACUCGCACUUGAACUGACGAGGCCCAGUGCAAAGAUUAGAGGUCAAUAUAUAAUCUUUGUUCCAGUGGUGCAGUUCAAGUUCAAGCUGCGUUUAAGUUUGAACCCUGCUCAACUUGGACAAAUCCGUACAAGUUUGAACUAG